AUGCUUUCGGAGGCCCUUCCUUGCUUCCAGUUACUUCGAAUGGGCCCAGCAUCGCCUGAGGACUCGCCCAAUAGGGACCUGUACACCUUCCGACCCGCCAGGCCCAGUUGUACCUAUCGGUUGGGCCGCCGGGCCGAGGUCUGUGAUGUCACGCUGGUGUCAGAGCAGAACCCGGCCUUGAUCUCCCGGAUCCACGCAGAGAUUCACGCGGAGAGGGAUGCUGACAGUGCAGCAGAGGAGUGGAGAGUUGCCCUGGUGGACUGCAGCACUCAUGGUACCUACAUCAAUGCCAUACGCAUACCCCAUGGCCAACGGACGGAUCUGAACGAUGGAGAUCUUCUGACCUUUGGCCACCCCAACCCAGUCCCGGAGGGCUGUGCCCUGCCGCCCCCACAUGGCAACUCCGAGUUCUACUUCCUCUUCCAGAAAGUCCAAGUGCGACCCCAGGACUUUGCCGCCAUCACGGAACCAAAAGCCCCCGGGGAUUUCUCGUGUGGCUUCCGGCCCGUGCUGCCUUCCGGCAACCACCGCAUCCGUCCGCUGCCCCGCCUCUCACCCACCUCUUUCUCCUGCCACCCCAAAGCCACCCUUAUCCUGAGCUCCAUCGGCAGUCUCAGCAAGCUCAAGGCACAGCCGUUCACGUUCUCCCUGGGGCAGAGUCGGUGUCCAGAGCCGCCGGCCCAGCCGAGAGCCUCUCGAAAUCGCCGCAAGUCAGCUCAUACGCUGCUGCCGGAGUUGGAGGAUGAAAUCACCCGGCUUGAAGAGGAGCAGCCGGAGAAGGAGCAGGGGUUCGGCAGAUACGUGCACUGCCACAACCCCUUGCAGCUCCAGCAGAGGGUUCCCGAGAGAAGCAGGAACUUGCAAGAGGAUGUGGGACCAAAGCUUCACAUCACACCCAGCGGGAAACGGCGUGGCCGGCCCCGGAAGAACCCUCUCGGGGGCACCUGCCAAGUUUUCUCCCAGACUCUGUCUGCCUCGGAGCCGUGCGCGGCUCCCCGCUGCCGCCUUCCCCAGGACGAGAUGGUGGAGUGGGUCCAGUGUGACGGCUGUGACGCCUGGUUCCAUGUGGCCUGCGUGGGCUGCAGCUACAGCGCCGUCCAAGAGGCAGAUUUCCGCUGCACUGCUUGCCGCUCGUAA